UUUUUUUUUUCUCCAGCUGCUCCAUAUUGGAGUAGCAUAUUACCUGGAGCAUCGUUGCUUGCGUGACGUGGGUAGGCCCUGCUUUUGGUUGUCGACUCGCUAGCAAUAAUAUUAAUAAUAAAAUAAAUUAAUUAAAACAAAAACAAGUUGUACGAAAUUAAGCUCUCAACUCGCCUGCUUACACCCGGACGCACGUCGGUCUGGAUUCGCAGCGGUGCUUCUGCCAACGUGCGUAAUGUAUCGUAACGAGGAAGCACAGUAAGUAGACGGACACGUCCAUCUGCAGGGAGGAGGAAGCGAAGAUGGUGAUGACAGCUUCACCCAAAUCAGCCUUCAAAUGCUCGAUAGCAAUGGCGAAGCCUUCCCUACCCCUCAAGCUGCUUCUCUGGGUGUUCAUUGUCAUCAGCCUCUCGAAAAGCUCCCUCCAGAAUGAUGACGAUGAUGAGGUGUCAAACAAGACGUGGGUGCUGACUCCCAAAGUGUAUGAGAGUGAUGUCACACACAUCUUAAAUGGUCUACUAAAAGGAUAUGACAACAAACUCAGACCUGACAUUGGAGUCAAACCAACAGUGAUCCACACAGACAUGUUUGUCAACAGCAUUGGCCCUGUGAAUGCUAUCAAUAUGGAAUAUACCAUCGACAUAUUUUUCGCUCAGACUUGGUAUGACAGAAGAUUAAAGUUUAACAGCACGAUGAAGGUCCUUCGUCUCAACAGCAACAUGGUUGGAAAGAUCUGGAUCCCAGACACCUUUUUUCGUAACUCAAAAAAAGCUGACGCCCAUUGGAUUACCACACCCAAUCGAAUGCUCAGGAUCUGGAAUGAUGGAAGAAUACUAUACACCCUCAGGUUGACCAUUGAUGCUGAGUGCCAGCUUAAACUGAACAACUUCCCAAUGGAUGAGCACUCUUGUCCCCUGGAGUUUUCAAGCUAUGGCUACCCCAAGGAGGAGAUUGUGUACAAGUGGAAAAGGAGCUCAGUGGAGGUUGGGGAUAUUCGUUCAUGGAGGCUUUACCAGUUCUCCUUUGUUGGCUUAAGAAACAACUCUGAGGUUGUCAGGACCGUUUCAGGGGAUUACGUGGUGCUGACAGUCUUUUUUGACCUGAGCAGGAGGAUGGGCUACUUCACCAUCCAGACCUACAUUCCUUGCACAUUGAUCGUGGUCCUCUCUUGGGUCUCCUUCUGGAUCAACAAGGACGCAGUGCCCGCAAGGACUUCAUUAGGCAUCACGACUGUGCUGACCAUGACCACACUAAGUACCAUUGCCAGAAAAUCUCUUCCAAAAGUGUCAUACGUCACCGCCAUGGACCUGUUUGUCUCUGUCUGCUUCAUUUUUGUCUUCGCCGCACUUAUAGAGUAUGGCACCCUCCACUACUUUGUCAGCAACAGGAAGCCAAGUGCAAAAAAAGACAAGAAGAAGAAAAACCCGCUCCUCCGGCUCUUUUCCUCUAAGCAGACACCAACUGUGGACAUCCGUCCACGCUCAGCCACAGCCAUUCAGAUGAACAACGCCACGCACAUGCAAGAGCGAGAUGAGGAAUAUGGUUACGAAUGUCUUGAUGGGAAGGACUGCACCAGUUUCUUCUGCUGUUUCGAAGACUGCCGCUCCGGAGCCUGGCGGCAAGGCAGGUUGCACAUUCGCAUUGCCAAGAUAGACUCGUACGCACGCAUCUUCUUCCCUACUGCUUUUGCACUCUUCAAUCUGGUCUACUGGGUCUCCUAUCUCUACCUUUAGGUGCGGGUUUGUAUCCAGCUUUACCCUUCUGUUCAUUCCAUUCUGCGUAUGCUUUGCGCCAGCAAAUGACAUUAAACAGGGAGAGACCCACUGAAAAAAACAACAACCCGAAAUCAAUUAAACUUCUGUGGAUUUUUAUUGUUUUAUGCCCUUUAAUUAUUUUAUUUUUUGGAAAACUUGACAAACAUUGCAAACAUUGUAGCAUUGCAUUAAACAGGUGUGAGAAAAGUUAGAGUUGUGUUGUAAAAAACAUCAGUUGUGUCAGAGAUAAUUGUGGUUUUAAUUUAUGUUGGAAUCUGAACACUCUCAAAAAAAAUUAAGUAAAUUAUAUUUUUACCAAUUCAAGCAUUGAACACACACACAAAUGCAACCCAUGGCACAUAUAUAACGUAUAAAAGCAACAAACAAUAAUAAUAAUACAGUUAGAGAAGAAUUAAGAAAAGCAUUUGAUUGAUUACUUAAGUUGAGGUAAAAUGUUGCAAAUAGGUAAAAAAAAACAUAAACCAACUAAAAACACACACUUCAAAAA